CUCCUGACAUGAACAUAAAGCACUGGCAACAUGCAGCUGGGGUUCAGUGCUUGUGAAAAUGUCACUGCUACAGUUCUUGAGUUGUCAUCUCAUUUUGACACUGUCUGUAUUGACUGGAGCAAAAAGUGCUGAUGACUAUUACAUAAGACGGUCAAGAUGCAUCUACAGCUCUCCUGAUUACAGUGACAUGGUGUAUAUUGACAACUUUUAUUUAAAUAAAUUUCUAUUCACACAGUUCAACAGUACUUUGAGCAAGUUUGUGGGGUUUAGCGAGAGCGGAAUGAGAUUUGCAGAGCGAUGGAAUAAUAGCCCCUUUUUGAAAUCAGAGAGAAAUGUUGCUACUAUAUGCAAAUUUCUUUUUAAAACCGAGGACACACCUGACCUUGUUAAAGUAGUGAAACCAAAGGUUAAGCUCAGAUCAGUGACACAGGCUGGUGGCAGACAUCCAGCUGUGUUAAUGUGCAGCGCAUAUGAAUUUUAUCCUCCGCACAUCAAAGUUUCGUGGCUGAGAGAUGGUAAACCAGUGACCUCUGAAGUGACAUCCACUAUGGAGAUGGCUGAUGGUGAUUGGUACUACCAAACUCACUCUGACCUGGAGUACACUCCCACAUCUGGAGAGAAGAUCUCCUGUAUGGUUGAGCAUGAUAGCUUCAAUAAACCCAUGAUCUAUGACUGGGAUCCGUCUCUUCAAGUGUAUGAGAGGAAUAAAGUUGCUAUUGGAGCCUCUGGUCUGGUGCUGGGAAUCAUCAUCACAGCUACUGGACUAAUUUACUUCAAGAAGAAAUCAACAGGAAGGGUCCUAGUACCUCAGCAAUGAUGGUAGAUUGCUCAUUCAAUUUUGAUAACCCACUUUGAUAAUUAUACAUAUUUUCAUUAUUAAUUAUGACUGCAAGGGGACAAAUAAUGAAAAACGUACACUUUGCACCGAGCUUUGUGACAUGAUCUCAGCUUAUUAGUUUCCAGUUAUGUAUGUUUUCAGUGUGCUGUAUAUUGUAAUCACUUGUGGUUUUCAAUCCUGGUCCAGGGGACAUUUUCUGUCACUCUUAUCUGACACACUCAGGUUAUGUUUAUGGAUUUUUUUAAUAGUUUUAAAUAAGGAGAGCAAUAUUAUCAAAGCAAGUCAUGUUCACACGGAUACACAAAAACAACUUAAAAUGCUGCAUUAUGCAUGCCAUACCAGUAGUUGCCAAUGUCACUUUGUAAAGAAACACAACAUACCCGCACACAUACACAUUCUUCUACAAAGUCAAGAUGCAUGCACAUAACAUCACCGUUUUCAUAAACAAUGUUUUAACUAUUUAUCAUAUAUUUAUCAUAAACAGUUAUGCUGCUACAUAU